CGGGCCGGCACCGCGGCGCGCAGAUCUCGCUCCGGCUCCUCGCUGGCACAAACCACACGCGCACCCUCGACCCAUGGCAUCCCCAAAUCCCGCCCAGGUUCCUCUCCCUUCCCAUUCGCGGACGAUGUCGUCGCGCGUCGACAUUCGCGUCCCCAAAUCCCCGGUUUCUCUUCCUUCCUGUUCGCGGACGGCGCUUCCGCGCGUCGACGUUCGUGUCCCAAAUCCCGCCCCGGUUCGGCGCUUCCCCACAUCGAGGCGCCACACCAUCGCCGCCGGUCCCGAUAGCGUCGACAGCGCGUGGCCCCAUCGUUCGCGAACCAACCUGGCCAAGGGUGCCCUGCUGCUGACGGACAAGGACCUGGAGUCGGAGGAGAGCCUGUGGAGUCUGUACGAGCGGUGGCGCAGCGUGCACACCGUGUCGCGGGACCUCACGGAGAAGCAGAGCAGGUUCGAUGCGUUCAAGGAGGAGUUUGUCAGCAAGUACACGGGCGCCAAGGUCGUCGACCCCGACUCUGAGGCUGCCGCUGCCAGGCUCGCCAGCGACGUGUGCGUGUCGUCCAGCGACGAGUCGCCGCCGCAACUGGCCGCCUCUGCCGUGAAUACCAUCGUCACCGCCUUGAAGGACCACUGAGUCGUCACCGCCGUGAACGUCGUUAAUUUAUUCUGUAUUGCAGACUGGAGAGACACGAAGCCGUCACCGCCGUGAAGGACCAGGGGCAGUGCGCCAGCUGCUGGGCCUGGGCGCGGUAUCAUUUCCUUGCUUGUUUUACAAGAUCCAUUUUGAUGGUGGCCAUGUAGUCUUAGCUGAGUGACGACUUGUUUUUCAUAGAUCUGAUCUGAGUUUGUCAUGAUGUCGUGCGGCGAUCUGUUUGUCUGAGUUCGGAGACAGGUUAGUAUUCUAUCAGAUCCAAUGGUUCAUUGGUUUUGUCACUUGGACAUGGAUUCGGUGGUUUCAGGCUCAAUUGUUCGUCUCCUGUUGUGGUACGAUCAGAAACAGAUACUGCAGCCGUUGCCUGCAUACCAGGUGAAUUGUGUGGAGACCUUCGGUCCAUUCUUAUGUUAACUGUUGAUCACGCUUGUGGCCUUCUGGUUGUUUGUCCUUCUUAAACUUCAGAUGCAAGGAGGGACACUAGCCGUAUGUUUGAGAGACACUAGCCGUGCAGCACAAUCAGAUGCAAGGAGGGACACUAGCCGUCCUUCUUAAACUUCAGAUGCUGAUCUCAAUUUUUUCACAAAGACACUAGCCGUGCAGCACAAUCUUACGGUGUCUAGAGCAUGAAAGCUCCAUUUUUUCACAGCAUGUGCUUUGAUUUUAUGGAGGAGGCGUAUGUUUUUACCACUUACUCAUGAAGGCUCCAAUUUUCAUUAGUGCAUACCCUUGUUUUGCAGUUUUCAUGGGUGGUACAUGCAUUUUCUUCCACUAAAUAUCUUGAAGCUAUACAUUGUUGUAUAGCUUCCCAUUGAGACUGCCUUUUUAUUUGAAUGUAACAGGGACCCUUUUGUAAUCACCUUGUUCUUUGCCUUGUCCUUUGAAUGGGUAAAGCUAGAUCUGUCAAUAGAAUACACAGCCUGUUUGAGAGAGCUCUAGCUGAUGAUAAGUUGCAAAAGUCUGUCAUGUUGUGGAUUUAUCCUUGCUUAUUGUUUAAUUACUAAUCACUAUAUUUUCAUUUUAGGUAGCACAGGAACACCAGUUGGAAACAAAAAUGGAGAAAGCAGCUCAGAAUGAAGCUCUGUUUUGUUUUUUUCACAGCAACCAAGUGCAACUAGAUUAAUUAAUCUCACACAUGAGAUAAAGCUUAAGAAACAUGGUCUUUUGCCUUCGCACAAUCAUUUUAGUGGAUCAAAGAUAUGUGAUGAUCAAACCAAAUCAACUCCAAAUUCAGAUAUGGGUUCUUUGGAUUAUGACCUUACCAACAAAAGCUAGACUACAAAAGUUUGUUCUAACUCCUAAACGUUAUGUUCUUUUAUGACUCCUGAAAGUACAGAGUGACAUAUACUAUGUGCAGAUUUUUGUCGUUUCUUACUCUCUGCUUGCACUUCAUAUAAACAAAUUAAUGGUUGUAGUUCUUGUGUUUCAACUUACUGCAAUGUUAUAUUUGAAAAAAAGAUAUUAUUAUAUUCCUUUCCCUGCAGUAUUCCAUGAUAACCUCUAUUUCUUCAUUAGGCACCACAUUUUUUUGGCCAUAAUGCUAAUUAUUUUUUCUAAAACUCAAUGUUGGAUAUUUACACCAGCAUUUUCAUGCUUAAAAAUGGCAUUCAAACAGCCUAUAAAUCCAAUACCACGCCUAAAAUGAAUAGUAAAACUAUAACUAUAAGAGGUUUCAUUGUGCAGAUGUCCCACUCCUUUCGUCCCGUCGAGGGUGUCGAACAAUGAACGUGUUCGAUUGUUGGUCGUCUUUGCUGCUGUGCAGCUCGGAGUUGUAUGGGCUGCACAGAUCGAUGGAUUCCUGGCUGGUAAGCAAGCACCACCAGAGAAGUUUGUGAUCCCAGCUAAAAUCAAGCUGACACUGGAGCCAUGGACGUCGAGCUUAAGAGGGAGGUCAUCAAGAAGGCAUACGAGAUGGACCUUGCCCAGUUGUACAACCAGUGACACUACCGCUACAGUUUCUCAAGGAUAGGGGUGUUGCUUAGCUUGUAGCAACCGAUAACAACAUUUAUUUUUGUACUUCGAACUAUGUUUGAAAGCUUGUCUUUCUUUUCAGACUGUGGUUGACUGGUAAAUCAAUUGCAGAAAAAAGCUGAAGAUUACAGAAAUAGUUUGCAAAAAGAAGCACAAGCAAAAGCUCAAGCAUUACACUUUGAAGAUGAAUUAGCUAGAAAAAGAAUAUCAUGCUCCACAGAGGCGAUAGGAUGCUGAACUCGUGAAGAUAAAAGAGGCAUCUUCCCUUAGGAAAGAAGCUAGGCGUGCAACACCCGACAUCUAACUAUUCUUUCAAUAUAUACUGAGUACUGACUCGUACAAUAUAGCUUUUUUACUGUCUUUUUGCACACACUUGUUACCUUUUUCAUAUCACUUACAACCAUAUUGAAUCCUUGAUAUAAAUCUGUAUCUUAUUAUAUCUUGACCUGGCCCAUGUGCUAUUAUUUUGUCAGUUAUCUUAACUGUUGCACAACUAUGUGUUUUUCGAUUCCACAUGUAUUUACCAUUUCUUUUACUUUGCAGUUGUAUGUAUAGUUAGGACAAUCUGGUGACUAUAUUUAUUGGUUCAGGAUUGGAUCUCUAGCCUCACAAGAUCGGCGACUUGUAUGAUAAAUUCACUUACAGUUAAGUUACCUUUGGUCAACUGGAUUCUGGGGCAUGCACUUGUAGCUACUGGCAACUUUUAGACCAUUUUUGUAAUCUUUUCAAUUGAAAUUCGUGGCUAUUUGAGAGCUUCUCUGCGUUUCACUGAUAUCUUCCUUAUCACCGGUGUUGACGCGUGGUAGUGGAAAAGACACCUAAACAAUUCAUUUUUGUUUGGUUGGCAAUGGGAGAUCACACCUAAACAAUUCAUAGCAUUAAGGAAUGCAUUCGACCCUUACCAACAUAGAGCUGACUAACUUGCGAAAGUUAGCGAGGAACCUUCCAUGACAUUUUGCUCUAGGUAUUGCUUUUGACAGUGUCAAUAUUACUUUUGACUAUAAUAGAUUUUACUUGUUGUGUUCCAGAAUAAUGUGUAUAAUCUUGCAUAAAGUCAGGCCCUGUGUUUCUUAAGAGCAAAGGACUGAGUUGUGUUGCUACUUUGAACAUGAAAAUAAAAUGUGGUUGUGCACUAUGUAUUGCAUAUCUAGAAUUAUGUAUGAAUCAUCUACCUCCUGAUUAGAUAAGCGUUCUCAAUUUUUUAAAAUAUUUACCAGAUAUUCUAUUCUAUGCUACUCUUGUAAUUUGUUUCAUUCAACUAUAUAGGGAGUACCCAGAGUAAGGAGCACUCUGCCAGUUUAGAUGCAUGGAGGGGUGUUGAUGCCUUUGCGACAUCAAGCAAGUUUGGUAAACAAACUUUCAGUCUAGCAGAUUACAGAGAGCACUGAGAGAACCUGUUUUAUCGGUACGACAUUGUUUACUCACUAUAACUUCUCACACAGAAAACGACAUAGUGAUCUAUCCAUCUGAGUCAGGC